AGAGGGAGGGGGGGGCAAGGGGGAGGGAGAAUGAGAGAUGAUAAAACCCCGCUGAGAGCCCUCCUGGAAGCUCAGAGCAAAGUAGCAACAGAGACAGGAGGCGCGAGGGAAUCAGGCGAGCCGGCAUCAUAACGGAUUCGCAGAAAAAGGUGCGAGCUGCACCUGAGCCAGAGGGGAGGAGACACCCUGAAGCCUGUGGAGUCUGACGGAGGAGACCGGCUUCAAACCCACCAGAAGAAGGCUUGGAGGAAGUUUUGGACCGCUACCUUGCAUCCCUGCAGACUCGGACACCACGACCUGGCCUGCGUCUUUGGAUGAGACUUUUGAGGACCUGAGAGAAAACAGGACAAAGUGAAGGAGGAAAGCAGUUCUAUCAUCCCUCACAGACCACCCUCAGCUCGGGACGCCCCUCCUCCCUGCCUCCCCCUGUUUGCCCCCCCCCCCUGUGCCCCCCCAUACCCUUUGUCCAGUGAACCUCACCCCCCGACAGAGUAGAAAGCGUGAAAAAUCUCACUAAUGGUUUUAUUUGCUGUCAGAUCUGUGCAGAUUUGUCAUUCCCCUGACGCAUUUCAUAGUUGAGUAAGCCUGCUUGGCUCUCUUGGCGAGACCCAGCAGUGCCCCUGCAGCUCUGUGCAGGCUGAGAGCUCAUCAAGAGGGGAGGAACGGCAGCAGCAGCAGCAGUCAGACAGACAGUCUCUUGGAUAAGAAGUCCCUGGAGCUGCAUUUUUCCACUCCACUUUCCCGCCCUGUCUUCGCUCGUGGGCAUCCUCACGUCUCUACGGCUGGUCCUCCCAUCCAGAAGACCUGAGCUGGAUCGAGAGCCCUGACGAUGAGGUGUGGGCCUCUGACCGUGGUGGCGGCGGUGCUCUGGACUCAGUGUGUCCUUUUGCAGGGGGCGGAUGCCAGGAAGGAGAGAAAAAGGCCAAAGGAGGUCACGCCGCAACAGACGGAGACCCACAACCGAACUCUCUCCAACAGCGAAGAAGUCGGUGGAGGCUCCAAGGGAGUUCCGGACCCCCGCCGGGUGGACCCAUUGAUCACUUGGAUUGAUUUUGUCAAAAGGCCUGUGGGAAACUACCCGACAAAGUGUCGCAAGCGCAAAAGACCCCUGCCCGGCCCACCUGGUCCGCCUGGUCCUCCUGGCCCACAGGGACCCCCUGGAUCUCCAGGCGCUGAGGUGACCCAGGAGAUUCUUCUCCAGGAGUUCAAAGAGAUGAUCAAAGAGGCCACCGAGAGACGAGCUGCCAUCGACAGAAAAACCAGCCCGAGCCAGCUUCCUGCAGCCGUGCUCACCCUGGAGAGGAUGACCUCCCACCGCCGCAUAGAAGAAGCCUUUCACUGCAAGCUGAAAGGGCCAGUGGUGGCGGACAAAAAGACUCUGGUGGAGCUCCAGAACUAUCAGACGCCGCCCGCUAAAGGAGCCUUCCUCAGAGGCUCUGGGAUGGACCAGUCCACCGGGAGGUUCACAGCUCCUGUCACAGGCAUCUACCAGUUCUCUGCUAACGUGCACAUUGAUCAUAACGAGGUGAAGAGGAGCAAAAGUCAACUGAAGGCUCGAGACAAUAUCCGGGUGUUGAUCUGCAUUGAGUCACUCUGCCACAGAUACACAUCGCUGGAGAUGAUUGUCGGAUUAGAGAGUAACAGCAGGAUAUUCACAGUCAGUGUGCAAGGGUUGCUGGAGCUGCAGGCUGGCCAGUAUACGUCUGUUUUUGUCGAUAAUGCAGCUGGAGCUUCGGUCACAAUUCAGAAUGGUUCCGAUUUCAUGGGCAUGCUGCUGGGUGUAUAGUUUCCCACAAGUAAAAUAUUCACUAAAACUGCAGCAUUUCUCUUAUUUUUUUUUUUUUGUAUUUGUAUACAAUGAAUUGAUUCAGUACACAAACUGUUGAAGAGUUUCCAAGGAGGAAGAGAAUGUUGACAUGGACUUGGCCUGUCAUACAGUCAAGGGCCAGUGUGAAGAACACGAAGGCUGCACUUGUUUUUCACAGAAGAUUGCCACUUCCCCUUCUACCAUGGACACAAAUGGCUUCACCACAGUUACAAACUGAAAAGGAGAAAAAAAAUGUGUUUACAGUAAAUUUUAUGACUGCAGAGAACCUAAACCAUAUGCAAUCUCUACUAUUGUUAAAAGACAGACUAUAAAACAAAAAUAAUACAGUUGUGUUCUAAAUUAUAUAUAUAUAUAUAUAUAUAUAUAUAUAUAUAUAUAUAUAUAUAUAUAUAUAUAUAUAUAUAUAUAUAUAUAUAUAUAUAUAUAUAUCGACAUGUUGUUUCUGUCAGUAUCUAUUGUGUACAUACUUGUGGAAAAUAUCAUUUAUUUGAUUUAAAUGGUAUUUGAAUUUAAAAAUACACCAUGCUGCUCAAAAACUGACAUGCUGCAUGGCAAUGUGGUGGUCAGCACUGUUGUGUGAUACCUGGUUGAAAUGUUGUUUUUACAUUUAUUUUAUCACUCUAUCUGGACUUUGUCCUUUCAGAGACUGUAUGAAGUUCAUCCACAGAUAUAGAAUCAUGUGCAUUAGAUUGAUUAGUGAUUCUCUGUUUGUUUUAAAUAGUAAACAGACUCUAUGAGUACACUGGACUAGCUGUAGAGGGUUUUGUAACCACAGGUAGGUAGUAAUAAGAUAAGUUUACUUAAUAUUAAUUUCCUAAAUAACUUUUUUUAUUUUUAUUUACUUUUAAGAAUAGUUUUACUGCAACACAGUGAUAAAUAAAAAAGCUAAUACUUUUACUUUAUUUAAUUGGUUUUAAAUUUUCACAUUACUUGUAUUGUUUGUACAUUCAUUAUAUCUGUCAAAGCCUGUAAAAAAGGGAUUCUUCUUUUUUCUUCAAUUUAAUUAAUUGAUGUUUGGAAAUACCAGAAUUAGCACACUAAUUUUAUAACUGCGCCUAGGUGGUAAGAUUGUUUUUUUCACUUACUACUCAAGUAGCUUAUUUUAUCUUUAAUUUUUUUGGUUUUGCUCACAAAUUGGUUGUUGAAAAACAACAUUUACAUUCUAUUUCAGUAAUAUUAAUCCAUUCUUUGAUACUCACCUCUGGUUUGACGGGACUACAACUAUAUUCCUCCAUCAACCAAGAAAAUAUGCAAAACUAAGACACAUUUUUCCACCAAAAACACAGAACUAUUUUGACUAAGAUCUCAACAACUCCAAUUAUUCCAUUAGCUACUUCUGGAUUUUUUUGUCAAAAUUUAAAAUCCUGUAGUUAUUUUGGUUUAUAUACUGACACUUUAAUGGGUUGUCGUGCUAAUUAGCAAUGCUAACAUAUUUUAAUGAAAUCCUAGUAAAUAUGCUUAACAUUAAUAUCAUAGUCAGUACCUAAGUAUAGACCGCUAACAUUGGCAAGAACUAUGCCUCCGAUUUUUUAAUAUGCACCUUCCUUUAGUGGUUGAUGUAAUGGUAUUUUUUGCAUCAAAUGGUGAAACUUAAAAAAGUUGAGAGUAGUUUGCUAGCUCUAUCAAGAACUACUGUGUCUAAAACCUCUACCCACAUAGUUCAUUGUGUCUCCCUUGGUCAAAUGUGGGCCAUUUAACUCUGUUAGCUCCAGCGCUGAUGUUCUUGUAUACCAUUACACUUAACCCAUUCACGGAAUUAACGUAAUUUCAACAAAUUCUGACUCUGAGAAAAGCACCUUUGCAUGAAUAUAAAACACUGUACAGCAGGAAAAUAAAGCAAAUAAGCAGAGUCUGUGUUCAGUGUUAGGUUAAACAUCAAAAGUCUAGCAUAACAUUAGCAGGAAGCACUGUGCCUUGAACUUCUUUAUACAUUUUUAUCUUCAUAUAAUGGUAGAUGAUAUUAUAAUGGAAUUUACAUAAGCAAAUAAACUAAGCAUACGAAAGUUAGCUAAAUCCCCUGUACCUAAAACUGCAGUAGCCUUUAUAUUGACACAAUGGCUGCUUCCUGUUACAAAUGUACAUUUUCUAUCAAACAGUGAAUGAAAUUAUAAAAGUUUU